AUGUUUUCUUCCACUAUUAAAAUUUCCUCAGUUAGUGAUUACAUCAUACCAAGUUAAGAAUGUAUCAAACCAUUAAUGAAAAAUGUUAAACUUCAACUUGAUGAUCCAUCUAUUUAAUUAAAACCUAAUUUGAUUAAAAAUUAGAAUAAUGUUGCGAAAGUCUCUUUACAAGACUGUCUUGCAUGCAGCGGAUGUGUUACUACUGCAGAAACUAUACUAAUUUAAACCUAAAGUCUAGAGGAAUUUUUGUAAGCAAUUAAGAAAUAUUAAAAUCCUGCAAUUGGAAUUAGUCCAUAAGCAAGAGCUUCCUUAUCUUAUGUAUUAAAUUUUACAGAUUCAGAAAUGCAUUCUAUCUUACACUAAAUAUUUUAAGAAAUGAAUGUUAAAUUAUAUGAUAUGACUGAGUACAUGAAAAUAGCUAUUAAUAACUCAAUUUAAGAGUUUAAAUAAACAAAUAUGACUCCAUUACUUUGUUCCGAAUGUCCAGGAUGGGUAUGUUAUGCUGAAAAGACAUUAGAUGAAUCCAUAAUUAAUCAUAUGAGUAAAGUGAAGAGUCCAUAACAAAUUUUUGGAGCAAUCCAAAAGAAAAAUCAUGAUUACAUUGCUACAAUAAUGCCAUGUUAUGAUAAAAAACUUGAAGCUGUUAGACAAGAAAAUAAUGAAGAUAUAAAUAUUGUUUUAAGUACAAGGGAAAUUGAAUAAUUUGUAAAGGAUUACAUUUAGAAAAUAAAUAUAAUUCCUUAACAAAUUCAACUUUCGACUAUGGCAAUUAAUUUUUAAGAAUAUCAUAACACAUCAUCAAAUAAUUAUUUAGAUUAUAUAAUCUAAAGUGUUUUGAUGCCAAAUUGGAUUGUCAAAUAUAAUAUUAGAAAAAACAAAGAUUUUAUUGAAAUUACUGUUUAUAAUGAAAAUAUGGAAUUAUAAAGUAUUUAUGCUCGUGUUUUUGGAUUAAAAAAUAUAGCUAAUUUAAUUUCUUAAAUUAAAACAAAAACUUGUAAAUAUAAAUAUGUUGAAAUUAUGGCUUGUCCAUUAGGAUGUCUAAAUGGAGGUGGAUAAAUUUAAAUAUAAAAAAACACUGAAAAAGCCAUUGAUUUAGUAAUUAAUUUAUUUUAUCCUUAGAUACCAAAAUUAAAAGAUAUAAUGAUAUCUUAAAAAGUAUAAUUGGAUAAUUCAUAUCAAAAUGAAUAGGAAAUGUUUUUAACUCAAUUUAAACAUAUUAAAAAUGAGAAUAAUUUUUAAUGGUGA